AGUACGGUGUGUUUCUUGAAAGGGGCUUGCAUCAUCUUUUUCGUCUCUUUUCAUGAUUUUCGUCUCUUGCCUUUGCAUCCUAAUUAAGUCUUGAGACAGUACCUCGUGCUAGAGAAAUGAAUGAAUGGAUGAAUCUCCUCAUCUCCCGUUGUAAUUGAGUACGGCUUGUUCGGUAGUACUUCUAUCAUCUGGACCACGAUUUGAAUUUAGUUUUAGUCAAUUAGGUUUUGAUAACAACCUGCACUACAACAAGAUGGGCGAAUUCGUGAAUCCUAAACUGGUGAUGCAACUUGCAAGGCAGGCUGUUGCUUGCACACAGGAGUUCGCGAGAGACGACGUGGGAAUCUCAGAUGUCGAAGCUGAUGGACUGAGUGUCACGGCAACAAUAGCCGGACCGGAUGAGACUGCGUACGUUGGGGGACGAUUCAAAGUGAAAUUGGUGGUAUUGAUUAUGGCUUAAUUUUGUCUUCAGUUUUUACGAAUGAUGAUGAUCAUCUGCAUUCGUUAUUAAUGUGAAGUCUCAUAUGACCACAACGGAAGUAGCGAUUACUGGAUGCUCUAUUCUCGAGUUGAUAAAAAUGAAAAUCGAUCAUACAACAUAUUAGACAUAUAAACUUCAAUCAAAACUACUGUAAACUAACAGGUAACCGCCGCCGACUUCCCUCGCACACCACCAAAGGCGUUUUUCCAAACGAGGAUAUUUCAUCCGAAUAUCAAUGUUGGAACUGGUGACGUCUGCGUAAACGCACUGCAGAAGGACUGGGAUGCGAAGUCUUGGUCUCUAGCGCACAUCUUCAAAGUGAUACUUAUGGCUUUCAAUUGGAUUUGAUUUCUGUAAGAUUUUGUAACUUGCAUCGCAUGAGCAUGCGGAGUUGCACUAGUUAGUAUCCUAGUAUGAGUGCCCUUUUUUAAGAGGAUAAUGCUGGAAACACUCAUCAAGAACCAAGAGGUCACGCACGAAGAAGAUUCUCGUGUGGAGUUGUACUUAAGUGAUUACAACUCCACACGAGAAUCUCCUUCGUGCGUAUCCUGAGUGGAGUACCCUCCAUCUGUAGAAUGAAGGACACACGACCGCAGUAGAAAUCACUCAUUGCAAUCGACACGAUCAUAUGUACCUUCAAGCUAAAGAUACCUAAUUAUAGCCAACUUGCUAUGGGUGGCUUCUUCUAAUAUCCGUUGUCUCCUGAUCAUUCCCUUUCCGGAGAGCGCUUUGAAUCAGGAAGCUGCGAAGUUGUUCAUGGAGGAUUAUUCGGAAUUCUGUGAGCACGCGAGGAUGAUGACGAGACUACAUGCCAGUAGUGGAGGAGCUCAAAGACAGGCGCAUAGCAGUAGAGGGAAUGUUAUGACUCAGAUGUGAGUUUAUUUGGUAGAGAGGUUGCGCAAAAACCCGGAAAAUAAAGUCCAUUGUUGAUAUCUAAACAAGACUCACUAGAAUAAAACUGUUGUAUCUCUGGUGGUGCGUGAUUCAUAGCAUCAAUCGAUCCUUCUAACAGUCGCAAUCUCUUACACCGUGCGCAGAGUGCCGCGCCUUCUGUUGCGAGGACAACUAGCACAGCUUCGGAUGGAAGAACACUUAGCAGGCAAGGCAGUGUGCAUGUCGAUGCGACAAAUCAUGGAGAAGGUGUGCUAUCUUCUGCAAAUAAUCAGGGUCAGGCAACGUCCACCGCAGAAGGUGGUGUUGUAGUGGAUGAGAGCACAGGGCUUCGGGUUGUGGGGGGUGCGCAACAAUCAUCUUCCAGUACUGUAGUGGAUGAGAGCACAAAAUCAGGGGGUGCGCAACAAUCAUCUUCUAGUACUGUAGUCGAGAAAGGAGGAGGUGCAGGUCCUGCGGCAUCGCCAACACGAUGCGCGAAUUACAAUUCUUCCCUGGCCGCUGGUCCUUACGGAACAAAUAGUUGCUCGCCGUUUCUCGCGUCGCAGAAUAAGUUAGGUGGCAAUAAAGAAAACUUUGAGAACAAGAACAUGUCCAGAAUCCAUGCUGGCGGUAGUGGCGCACCACCGAGUCCAGCGCCAGCAAGUCAAGCGUCCAUAGCAUCACAGCCAACGACUGGGGGGACUAGGGUACAUAUUGGUGUCGUUUUGUACAACUGAUUCCUGUGAAAUGAGAUGGUCAGACGACGUUGAAUCAUCAGUAGGAGGUAGCAGGAGGGAUAUUACUAUGUGCGCCGAGCGAGACCAUUUUCAUUUGGAUUUGUGAAAAUUUCCGGAUACUUUACUUUCAUACUUAGUUACAUGAAAGCCCUGUCUUCCCAUAAAAAUUUUCAGACAACGGCGAAAAAAGCGAAGUCUGCGCUGCGACGCCUGUGAAGAGACGAUAGCGAUGUAGGAAAAAGAAUUAGGAUUAUGAUUUUCUGCACGACCCUAUGAUUCUGCGCACAUUUGAUCAAUCUAAUUGUAAUUCAAUUGUAUGAAUCAGUAUGCUACCAGGACAUCUCUUACAUCUCACAUGCAAGUGUACAUCAACUUAAACAACGCAUUUCGAACCCAUGAAACGACGUGUAUUUAUAAUUACAAACCAAAAUAAGCUAGGAUAGCCACACUGACUUGAAACCAUCAUUGUACUUGCAAAUGCACGUAUGACUAAUGACAGCUUACGUGACACAUUUCCAGAAUUCGUUUACCGCAACUUGUUAGAAAGAAGUGUAUCUAUCUCAUUGCUACUUUCAACAUCAUAUAAUUAGUAUGACCUGUAUGUUAGAAGUGCGACCUGAAAACGCGAUAUAGAUAGACGUAGAGAAACAAAAAAGAUUAAGUUUAAGAUUUGUUCCUACAUGUAGAUGCUUGCAUGGCAAUUUUUAUCCAUGUUGAAAUAGCAAACAACACUGUUUUACUGAGUUUAAUGCCGACUGUAUGUAGUUGUACUAGACCUCGGCAAAAAUGAGUCAGGAUUUUUAUAUUUUAUCUUUUGGCAUUGGGAUUCACAUGAUUGACCUCGCUUGCAAUCCAAAAAAAAGUAAGCUCGUUGUUCAAAAAGUCUCCUAUUCCUGUACUGAUGCAACUACAGUUCUGAUGCAACAAUGAAGAAGAUCGGCUCAGCACAUAAAGUUCCAUGGGGCCACCCUGUAUACUGGAUCUAACAAUACGCGACAAGAACCUCCUAUGAUGGACCUGGAAGUGCUCACCGACUCGCUUGCAAUCCAAAGAUAAGUUGUUCAAAAAAGUUUAGAAAAAGAUGUAGUGCUUCCAUCAUU